CUCUCAUUGAACCAGGAAGUGGAGGGCACAUCUCUUUCUGGUACGAUAAUUGGUCGUCGACCUCGAUCCUCGGUGUUGACUACCCAAGAGUUGCUGCUGCUGCUAUCGAACCUGCCGCUCGGAUCAACGACAUGGCCUCCUUCACUGAUAAUGAGGAUCACUUGGAUUCCGAAUCAGGAAAAACGUUUUUCUGUCAGCUCUGCAUAUGAACAGCUUACCAUUGAGAAAUUCCAUGGAUUCCAG